AUGGUUGUUUACAACUCGAAGCACAAUCAUUUCCUACCCCCACAGCUUUUCAUACCCUUUUAUAUCUUCAUUAUCAUCAGUUUCUUCUUCUCUCAACUAACCAAGUUUUCAAGUGCUAUAUCCUUCAACUAUACUUAUUUUAGUGCUAGUAACCCUAACAUAUCCUACGAGUUAUCAGCUUACGCUGAAGGCCAAGUCAUCAAGCUCACGACCGACAAGCAAGCGGUUGUAGGUCAAGCUACUGUGGGUCGAGCCACGUAUUUCAAACCCAUGCACCUAUGGGACAAGGCAUCUGGAAACCUCACAGAUUUCACUACCCAUUUUACCUUUAUCAUUAAGUCGCUGAAUGAACAAAGAUACACAGAUGGGCUUGCUUUCUUCCUUGCACCAUGCGACAAGCAACUUCCUUCGGUGAUUAAAGGUGGCGGUUUGGGUCUUGCUUUCGAUGACCAGGAAACAACACCAGAUGCUAAUGAUUUUGUUGCAGUGGAGUUUGAUGUCUAUAGCAAUAAGGCCUGGGAUCAACUUGGGGAGGACGUAGGUAUUGAUAUUAAUUCCAUGAAAUCUGUUGUUACUUUGUCAUGGCCUAAUAGACUUGCUAUUAUGGAAGGGCAAAGAAAUGAAGCUUGGAUUUGUUAUAAUUCUAGUUCUCAUAAUUUGAGUGUUAUCUUCACUGUUUAUCAUAGAAAAAAUAAUAAGCAGUACAUUGAAAAGCGGUUCCUUUCUCAAAUUAUUGAUUUGAGAAAUUCCCUAACUGAAUGGGUUACAUUUGGAUUCUCAGUUGCGAUAGAACAUAUACUACAACUUAUACAGUUAUACCCUUUGUUCAUGGGAAUUUAG